AUGAGCAAACCUAACAAAAACGACCAAAGGAACUCCUGUCUGAAACGAAACCAUUUGGCAGCUCGUCAAGUCAUAGCAAAGGAUCUGCCAUCCUUUUCCGGAAACCCUGAGGAAUGGCCCAUAUUCAUUUCAACCUACGAAAGCACGACCAGCAUGUGUAUGUUCACAGAUGAGGAAAACCUAAGUCGCUUGCGAACCUGUCUGCGUGGAGAGGCCCUAGAUGCUGUCCGUAGCUUUUUGAUUCAGCCGUCAACAGUGCGAAAGGCAAUCGAUGUUCUUCGACUGAGAUUUGGACAACCACAGUUCGUUAUCGACUCCUUGAAAGAAAAGGUUCUUUCCAUGCCGCCACUCAAACAGGACUCACUGAAUCAAUUAAUUGAUUUUUCUAUUGCUGUCCAAAACUUAAACGCUACGAUCGAUGCAUGUGGCCGAAAGGAGUACUCCAGAGACUUCUCUCUUAUCGCGAAACUUGUAGAGAAAUUGCCUUCACCUCACAAUCUCGACUGGGCGCGACACCAAAGAAAUUUAAAAAAGAUAACCUUGGCUAGGUUCUGCGCAUGGAUUUCCCUCAUUGCAGAAGAUGCUUGUCUAGUUACGAAACCUACCGGCAAAGGUGAAAGAAACAAGUACGAGAGAGCUGGAACAACAUCCAAAGCUAGGGCCUCCGUGAACGUACAUGCUGAAGUAUCUGACUUCGAGACCAGCGAAAUAGAAAAAUCCCACACUGGAUCAAAGGGCUGUAUUAUAUGCUUUAAGAAUGAUUGCCUUUCUCUUGAUAAGUGCUCUCGAUUUCAAGAAAUGUCGUACGCAGAACGUUGGACAGCAGUUCACGAACAUCAACUGUGCAAGAAAUGUUUAAAAAUCCAUCGAGGUAGAUGUAACUCGCCACUAUGCGGAAAACAAGGUUGUAAGUACAAGCACCACCCUCUCCUCCAUAAAAUCUUAAACGUAGUAGCAGAAAAUCUGGCGUGUAACACGCACCAAACACAAGCUCAGACAAGUCUUUUAAGAUAUGUGCCAGUUACAUUGUACGGAAAAAGCAAACAAAUACAGUGCUACGCCUUUCUAGACGAUGGUUCUCACAUUACGCUCCUAGAUCAAGACCUUUCUGAUGAGCUGAAUUUGCAAGGUGAACCCCGCCCCCUUUUCAUAAAGUGGACGGGUGGCAAACAAAGACACGAAGCGAACUCGCAAUCAGUUAAUUGUGAUAUCUCUGGCAACGGCAGUAGGCGCUUCCACUUGGAUGACGUGCGAACGGUUCAAGAACUACAACUGCCCUAUCAGACGCUCGACGUAGCUGAACUUUCGACAAAAUACGGUCAUCUCCGUGGUUUACCAGUCCAGUCGUAUGAGAACGUUCGACCAAGAAUACUGAUUGGAAUCAAACACGCAUACGUUAGUCUCGUUCGUAAAAGUAGAGAAGGAAAACCUCAUGAACCGAUUUGCAUCAAAACGCACUUAGGCUGGUCUAUUUACGGAGGAGGUAUUGAUGGUGAAGUGAGUAUGGUUCAUCAUGUCCUCCAUGUGGGCGAAGAAAAGAAUCACAGCGAAUGUUCCCUUGAUCAGGCAGUAAAAAACUUCUUUGACUUAGAAAACAUGGGAAUCACAAAAUCAAAUGAUAUCGUAAGAUCCAAGGAUGACCAACGCGCUUUAGAGCUUCUGAAUGAAAUGACGCACUUUAAUGGUGAGCGUUACGAGACAGGCCUUCUAUGGCGAUACCCGAAUACACAUCUUCACAAUAAUAAGGAGAUGGCUCUGCAUCGUUAUCACAGCCUAAUGAAACGUCUAGAAAAGGAUCCUGUCCUAAGAAGCUCUCUCAACGAAAAGAUAGAUUCUUACCUAGCAAAAGGAUAUAUUCGAAAACUAACAAGUGAAGAGAUAAGCAACCCUCGGGAACUGGUGUGGUAUCUGCCAACGUUCCCUGUUACAAAUCCUAACAAACCUGGGAAAGUUAGACUGGUGUGGGACGCUGCCGCAAUGUACAAAGGACAAUCGUUAAACUCCGUUUUGUUGACAGGACCCGACCAGUUAGUUUCCCUGAUUUCGGUACUAAUCAAGUUUCGCGAAAGUCGAAUAGCCGUGUGUGGCGACAUUCGCGAAAUGUACCACCAAGUUAAAAUACGAGAACAGGAUCAGCACUGCCAGCGUUUCCUGUGGAAGGACAAUGAUGGCGAUCCUAGUGAGUACAUUAUGACGGUCAUGACCUUUGGUGCAUCAUGCUCCCCAAGUAGCGCGCAAUUCGUUAAGAAUAUUAAUGCCAAGAGACACGCCGAAAAGUAUCCAGACGCAUCGGAAAUUAUAAUAAAUUGCACUUACGUAGACGAUAUGUUGUUCAGUGUUCCCGAUGAAAAAGAAGCAAUCAACCUGGCAAAAACUGUGCGCUUAAUUAAUAACAACGGGGGCUUUGAAAUACAUAAUUGGAUGUCGAACGCAGCCCAGGUAUUAGCCGAACUCGAAGAAGAACCUUCUUCAGGUAAAAAUCUUGACUUGAUAUCUCCCCUUGCAACAGAAAAGGUUCUUGGCAUGUGGUGGGAAACUACAUCGGAUUCGUUUGUUUUUAAAAUCAACUGGACUCGCUUGGAUAAGGCCCUUCUAGAAGGAUCACGCAUACCCACGAAGCGAGAGGUCCUCAAAACGCUAAUGUCUAUCUACGAUCCCCUGGGUCUCAUCUCCCACUACUUAAUGUUCCUGAAAAUCCUACUCCAAGAGAUUUGGAGGGCUGAAGUGAGCUGGGAUGAAAUGAUAGGAGAUAAACUGAAUGAAAAAUGGCUUAAGUUCGUUAGGCUAUUUCCGGCGCUAGAGAAUCUUCGUAUCCAACGCUGCUUUCACAGUUUUCAUAAACUUAUACCCGUAGUUGAUGUGCAGCUACAUACCUUUGUUGACGCUAGCGAGGAUGGUAUGGCUGCUGUUGUGUACCUACGCUACGCAUCGGACGAUACAGUUGAGUGCUCGUUAGUUGGUUCGAAAACGCGUGUAGCGUCACUCAAAUAUUUAUAA